UUUCUUUCGUGGUCAUUGCAAAGAUGGUGAAAAGUACUGCAGUCAAUCCGGCAGCAAACCUGUCACUCGAUGGGUUAACCAAAGGCUUGUACUCAUUGGAUGGUUGGCCUCUGCGGAAUUGGCCAAUGGGAUGGCGAAGCUGAGGCUUCCCCUGAUGGAUGUUUUUCUCCUCCAAUCGGGACAGAACAAAGAGGAGAGAAAUAAACAAUCUUGUCACUUGCGGAGAGCCGAGUGCGCAGAGAGCUGAAUUGAGGAGGUCAGGAGAGGGAAGCACCGCAUUCUCAACCUGGGAUCAUCCGCGGGAGCCGCUGUCGGGUUUCUGCCGCGGCUUGGAUUGCUGGCAGGGAUUUCCUGGAGCCCGCUCUCUCUCUGUCUCUCUCUGCUGCCAACCAUCCCAGGAAGUCUGGUCUUUGCUUCAUGCUGCCGCCUCCCGUUGCAAGCAAUCCGCUCUUCCGUCCCACCCCGCAUACAUAUAUCCCUUGCCGUCUUUGCUUUAUUUAAAAAAAAAGACGGCGAAGACGCUGUGGGAUGCUUGAGGGAUUGUUAUUGCUGCUGCUGUUGCCGCAAUAUUGAAAUGUUGAUCCGCAUUUAAAGAGGACCUGGAUGGAAGGUGAUUAACCCAGUGCCGUGAUACCGCCUCUGAUGUUCGAUGAAAGGGACCUUCUUCAGGAGAAACAAUCAGAAUAUUUAUUUUUGCAACCAGUAAGUAAAAACUUUCCGUGUUUAUCUCAGAAACUGGGCUGCAAUGAGUUAAAGAUCAGGCAUGGUUGAAACCCCAAGAGGGACUUCUAUUGGUAAAUGUAGAGGAACUGUGGCACAAUGCCAGUUCCUACUUGCUCUCUGCACGAUGUUCAAUUAUUUACGGCUUCAGAUGCAAGCUCCAUGUGCCAGAAAUGCCUCUCUCCAGCCAAUGACUCUUCCUUGUGUGGCGUAAAUCCUGCUCUACUCUGGCACACUCGAUGACCAGUUCCUACAGCCUAGCCAUGUGGUUAAGCUGCCUCUUGGAGUUCUACCUUACUAGAGGAUACAACUGCGUAUUUCCCUACCUAUCUGUUUUGCUUCUCCUGACUCUGUGUGGCCACCGUCCUGUGAACGUAUCGGCUCUGAACUGUCACUCCCAUUGCAUUUGUGCCAGUAACAUAGUCAGCUGCACUAAAAAGGAACUGGUUAACAUCCCCAACUCUCUCCCAGAAUACACAGCUGUCCUGGACUUCAGUUACAACAGCCUGACUCGCUUGAGGGCUGAGUGGACGACGGUCCGUCUCGACAGACUCCACACACUGCUCCUCAGCCACAAUGGCUUGUCCUUCACGUCGGAGGAAGCUUUCACGGAGGUGCCACACUUGAGAUACCUUGAUCUGUCCUCCAACAAGCUGAAAACUCUAGAAGAACUGCACUUCCAUGGGCUGGAAGAGCUGGAGGUCCUCUUGCUGUACAAUAACCAGAUUUCUCAGAUUGACAGGACUGCAUUCGAAGGCUUGAACAGGCUUCAGAAGUUGUACCUGAGUCAGAAUCUGAUCACCCGAUUUCCACAGGAGUUGGUGGAAGCAAAUACCAGGCUGCCCGAACUGGAACUUUUGGAUGUGUCUAGUAAUAAGAUAAAGUCUCUUCCUAUUCAGGAGCUCAAAAAUCUACCUGCAUAUCUUAAAAACGGUUUGUACUUACACAAUAAUCCCUUGAUCUGUGAGUGUAGCUUGUACCUUAUGAUCAUCCAGUGGCAUACUCGGCAGUUCAGUUCUGCUGUGGACUUCAGGAAUGAAUAUAAGUGCGUCCUUCCUUUGAACCACAAGGUGUCUAUCAAGCUCUUUGACUUGCAAGAAGAGUACAUGAACUGCAGCACAAUUGUGGAUUCAGAGGUGGAGGCCUUCUUGGAGGGGACCUUGACAAUUCACUGCGACACCAGACUGAGGAACAUGAUAAAGGUCUGGGUGACCCCAGACAAUGAGACCAUUCAGGCCGGCCACAACAACCAAAGUCUCAAGAUGUUGCCCAAUGGCAAUCUGCAGCUCAGCAACCUGCGACCUGAAAAUUCAGGGACUUACACUUGCUUGGCUAGCAGUAGCCAGUUCAAUGAGACAAUACAUGUGCAGCUGAAAGUGCACAACUCCACGGCAAGUCCAACGCAUGAAACACUGAACACAGCAUACACUACAUUGGUUGGGUGCAUUGCCAGCGUAGUUUUGGUUCUCAUCUACCUGUACCUCACACCGUGUCGUUGUUGGUGCAGGAACAAUGCUGAUAAGCAGAGGAACCAGCAGGAAGAAAGCAUUCACUCAUCCAUGCUGAGCGCCAGUUCCAUCCACGAUGUCUCUGCAGAUAAAGCUGCCAUGGACCGGCGUGUGGCUUUCAUAGAGCCAGCCAAGGAAGCACAAGGACAGAAUGGGAAACACAAACCGAACGCCGUGGAAGAAUUUGAGGAUAAGAGACUCUUAACGGUGCCCAGAAAGAAAUCUGACUGCGGCUCCGUUGGCUCUGUGUCCUCAGACUCUCCCAUUGUCGUUUAACACAAUGGAUGGGAGCCAUAGUCUGUGCAGCGUGCACAGGCUUCUGGCAGGCUGCAGGGUGAGUGGUGCCGAUGCUUAGCAUCCGAUGCCCACGCUUCAUCAGCAGUCAAUGGGCCACCCAUGUGACUCUCGAUUCGGCUAAAACAACUUGCAGUAAUGUUGCCAAGGCACAACCUGAGAAGGCAGUCUGAAGGAUCACCGUGAGAUCUAAACUGUUCAAAAUAUUCCAUAUUUAUUUUUCUUAAGUUAUUUUAUACUCCUCGCUGGCUAACUGUGUAGAGGCUUUGCAGCUUUCUAAACUGCAACUGUGUCCAACCAACUUGCUCCAGUGGUGACUGGAUUGCCUGACUUGAGUGGCUGACGUGGAUAAACCUGCUUAGCCAUGAGAGCACUUCCACAGGUGACCCACAGGAUUCUAAAGAAACGUUGGAAAUGAUCAGAAUAACAGAAAACCCUGCAAUUGACCCAAUGAGCUGAGCAUAAAGGGAAUGAUAUACAAAUCGAGAGAUUACUUCUGGUAUAGUAGGGGAGCAGUGUACAUCAGCAAAGUCAAAAUAACAACAAAGGUGGAAUGCCCUUAACAAGUGGCCAGUUAAUACAUCAGGGAAUCAGCAACCUGUCUUGCCAGCAGUAAUUCAUAAUGGUGGGAUCGCAGCAUGACCUGGGAACAAGCUUACCUAGGGGUCAUUGGAUAACUGAUUGUCCUACAGCAAUGGAUGGCAGACCUGAACCUUCACACUGUGUAGUUUGCAUUCUCUUCCAUCUGAUUAAUCCUGCAAAGAUGCAGCAAUGAAAAAUGGACAGAAUUGAACUCAAAAUGACGCACAUCGUAACAGUUUCCAGAAUGUAAUGAGGAAGAUGGGGAAUAAACUCAUGCACAUUGAUAAGGUUCAACGAUAUCUACGUACGAGUGCCUCAGCUCGGGUGAAUUUUGGAUGAUCAGUAUUUAUCAUGAUACUUGGUUUACCAUCCUUUGGGCUGGAGUGGAAUAACAAAUUAAUCAAUGCCUUCUUCCCUGUCAUUUUGAUCUGACCUACUCUGAAUUGGGUUCUGUAAUGACUAGACUGAUGAAACUUGCUUAUCUGCAAAAGGUAGCCGCUUGAGGAAGAUUUUGGAAGGUAACGUUAACCAGCACCUAUGGAACUGCUGCACAGUGAGAAUUAGCAGAGCAGAGAAAAGAAUACAGUGGACCUGAAUUUAAUGCAUGCCUGAAACUCAACAAAGCCAGUAACUGAGAGAUAAGAGCCAGCUAAUAAAAAAAAAGAAAGAACUCUGCAUAUAUAUUGCACCUUUCAUGACCUCAGGAUGUCCCUAAGCACUUCGCAGCCAAUGAAGUACUUUUUAGAAGUAUAGUCACUGUGGUAAAGUAGAAAGCAUAUGGAUUGGUGCAAUAACAGGUUAAUCUCAAAUAUUCCUUGUCUCAGUGUUAUGUGUUAUGUUUUACACUAUGUUACUCCAACUGUCCAAUGCAAGCACUGCAGUACAUGAAUAAUUGCACACCUCUCUACAGCAUGCAGUGAAGCAGUGUCACCCCUAACUUAUCUCUAGCACACUUAUCAUCUCGCUAGUUUGUCACCAAUUCCCAUACACUGAGUUGUAGAGUUUUUAAGAAUGAUACAAAACAAAGAUCUACAUAACUAAAAUCUAAUUAGUCUGAGAUUAAAAACAGGCACUGCAUGUAGGCUUGUAAAUGGGGUGUACUGCAUGCAUCUGCUUGAAGAUGCCAAUAUUUAUUUCAAAAAUGAUUUGUUUUUGUGGUGUCUGUAAUUACAGGUAGUCUGUUUCAGGGCAACAACACAUCCAAGGAUAUUAGACAAUCACGCGUUGCUUGUGUCUUGUAAUUUGUGCCCAGUUUUCUGUUAAGUGCCUUGAUACUUUUCCAUGUCUUUGCUAUUUCAUAUAAUUCCUCUAGUUUACAGUGGCGUAAAGAACAUGAUAGUUUUUGAUAAGGGAUGGAGAAUCAAGUGGAAAGGAGGAAAAUAUUUAAUAGGGUCGGCUUCUGAGAGUUGGGGGGUGGUGGGAAGUUCUGACAUAAUUUGUCACAAUUUAUCCGAGGUAGAUGUACCCAACACACCAAAGAUGUAGUGUUGGUGGUUUUGUUCCUCUUUUCACAGAUGCUGGAAGUUUUCUGAUCACUGAAGUUCAGUACAAGUCAUUAACUCCAUAACCAGAGCGUGUGGAAUAAAAUCAUGAGUGUCUGAGUAUUCUGAGAAGGGUUAAUAAUAUAAGUGAUUAAAGAGCAAUAAUGCUGAAGAGAUGAUCAUCUGAAAGAAAGCUGUGUAAAGGGGAGACAAAAAUUCUCAGGCUGCGUCAUCUCCCAGGCUCUCUUUCUGAUGUGAAAACAGAAAAUGCUGGAAACAUUCAGCAGAUCAGGCAGCAUUUGUGGAAAGAGAAGCUGUUAAUAUUCUGUUUUUAUUUCAGAUUUCCAGCAUCUGCAGUCUUUUUAUUCCAAUUUAGUGAUCCUUGAGUAAGAUUGAUCAUUCUAUUUAUAUUUUUUAUGCAAAACAAUCCCUCGUUAUGUUUCUGAAGAGCAAGCAGUACUGGAUGUGCAGCAGGGAACAUUAUAAGAAAGAUCUAGUUGUAAUGCAGCAAACAAUUUGUAAACAACAUGCUCCUAGAAUUAGUAAUGUGAUAAUGGCUAGGUAAUUUUAUUUUAGUGAUGUUGGCUGUGAGAUAAAUAUUAGCCAGUCUGCCAGGAAGAACCCCCUUGCUAUACUGGCAUUUAUGCCAUCAGAACUUUUACCACCACCUGAAAGGAAAGAUGGGCCCUUAGAUUAAUGUUCCUUCUGAAAGACAGCAUCAGCACUAGCACUAGUGCAACACUGGGAAGGUCAGACUGGAUUAUGUGCUUGAGUCCAAUCAAAUUGGGGUAGAAGCCUUUUGCUGCCUGCAGUAUAAUUGCAAUGAGCGACAAGCCCCAAAAGGACUACCUAAUAACUUUAGACAUGCUCCAUAUCACCAAGCAGCCGGGUUUCCAAGCACUUGGCUAGUGGUCAGUGGAGUAUCGCUUUUAUAUAAGCACAUUGUUCAGAGAUCUGCACUUAUCCCUCAAUCAGAGAUUAAUGUAGAACUGGCAAUAUAGCUGGGGUCCAUCAUUCCAAAUUGCUCUAAGCUGACUCAGCCAUCACAUCCAUGUGCCUGUUUGUGAACUCAAAGAUGUUUUUAAAAAAACAGCAAGCAAAUGGCGUGAAAUAUUGUUCAGUCAAUCAUGUUGUUGAAUGUGUUAGGCAGAGAAAACAUUGUUUGUCUUUCUGGCUUUUGUCAAGUGUCUUGUAAGCAGAGUGUAGGAGACUGCCCUCUGCAGCUGUGAUCUUUGUCCCUCCUAUUGUCACUCUUGUACAAUGUCUUGUGAUUUUAGUAACAACUUAUCAUAUUGUGUAACUACAAACUCAAUUAACUGCGUGCACAGAGUCCAGAGUGCAAGUCUCACCAGCUCUCACCCUGUCCUCUAACAUUAAACUACGCUAGUGUUUUAUUCUCAGUCCCUUUCAAUAACAGGAACCUUUGAUUGACGAUGUGCGCAAACUCCAGUUCUUUCCAUUGGCUGAAUGCCUUUUGACCAGUUUCAGGGUUUCCCCCUGGAGUAGGGUUUUUUUUUGCUGAUUAUUCUUAAUCCAGAGGAGAAUUGAAUCUGAUCGUAACACAUCUACUGCCCUCACCCCAACCCACCCACUGCCAAUAAUGGACUUUUAACAGAAGUGCUCUCGUUGUAAUCCCCUGGAAAUGAUUUAACGCACACUGCAUCUCGUGAAAGGAAGUUGCCAAAUCCAGCAUGAAUUAUACUCAUUGAACCAUCAAUAUUGUUGUCAAGAGUUUUGGUUUGCUAAAUGCAGCAUUUUUAAUUUAUACACUAAUGUAUUGUUAAUUUGUGAAUUCCUGGCUGUUCCAGUACUUAUGAACAAUUUCACCUACAGAUUUGUAUGUAGAGCUGAAUUAAAGGCACAUGGAACAUUAAGAAAAUUUAACUCUUGCUCUUUAACAAGUGUUCUUGGUCUGAACCAGCACCUGACACUACAUGAGUAAGUUUAAAGCAGAUCUAUUUUGGAAGCUAUGAGAUUAUUGCAACUGCCUUUUUUAAUUCUUUAGUGUUGCUGCAAAUUCCUCCUGGCUAAAAUAACUCAAGUCUUCAGUGGACAGCUGUAGACAACUUUAACCGAGAGUCAAUGAAUGUGACAGGCUGAAGUUAGAAAUAAAACCAAAGUUACAAGAGAUUUAUAGCAUAAAAAUGGGCCACUUGGCACUAUGAUCAUCAUGCCAUUAUUUAUACUCCACAUGAGGAAGAAGGGAAUAGAAGGACAAGGUGACUGGAUGAGAUGAAGAGGGGUGCAAGGAGGCUUGUGUGGAGAAUAAACACCGGCAGGGAGUAGCUGACCAAGUGGCCUUUCAUGUGCUGUAGAUUCUGUGUAAUCUUCUACUAUUCCGUUUUCCUUCUUCUCCACAUCUAGCUUCCCCUUAACAGAAAUCAUGCAAUUUACCUCAACCUUUCCAAGCAGUACUGAGUUCUAACCACUUUGAGUAAAGAGAUUCCUCCCGAAUUCCUUACAGGUCCUGCUUGUGCAUGUUUUAAGAAACCCACAGGGGAAAAGCAGCAGUCUCGCAUUUCCUUGUCUCAUUAUCACUCAUUUCUACUUUCAUUCUGCCUGUAAUUGGAGCCACAGUAAAAAAUACAGCCCCUUAUACAGCUCACUAAAUAUGAAUGAAAUAAUAUGUUGCAGGAAGCGUACUUGUUCCGAUUUUAUGUUGCUGAUUUUGUACAUUACCAAAUGAAACAUUACCAAAUGAAACAGUCCACACCAAGAAACACAAUCAUAAGGGAACAUGCUGACUUGUUACAAUGCCACAGGGCUGGAAUCAGUUUCAAGGUUGGAAUGUUGUAUUUGUCUGU